AUGGCAUUUCUGCAUUCGCACUCCUCCGAGUGUAUGACGAGCUCGCUCGAUCUAUUCAGUCUACCACCCACUCAAACCUCGAUCGAGAGCAGUAACUAUGUACAUUUCAAGCCUAUAUCGUCUCUCUCCGGAGAUAAUGACGCGCCGAUCGAAUUUGUCGUUCCUGCGGCAAGCGACUACUACUUGGACUUGGCUCAUACGAUGCUACAUGUCAAGGUUAAAAUUGGGCCUCUACAGGAUGUCGCGGCUGAUAAUCGUCAAGUAGGCCCCGUGAAUAACUUCCUUCAUAGCAUUUUUUCGCAAGUCGAAAUUUUCUUCAACCAGAAGCUGGUGUCAUCGAGCAAUAGUUUAUACCCGUACCGAGCCUAUAUCGAGACUCUGUUAAACUACAACAACGAUGCAAAAGGCUCGCAUUUAACGGGGAGUUUGUGGUACGUGGAUCAGACCGGUAGAUUCGAGGCUGCACCCCAAGAAAGAAACCCGGAUCAAAUGAAUGCGGGUCUCGUGCAAAGACAAUCGUUCACGAUCGAUUCAAGGCCAGUCGAUAUGAUCGGCCACUUACACUGCGAUGUCUUUAAUCAGGAUAAAAUGCUAAUAAACGGUGUCGAAAUGCGCGUCCGCAUGGUAAGAAGCAAGGAUGCGUUUUGUCUAAUGGACUCAACGGCUGAUGGUAGAUUUAGAGUUAACAUCGAAGAGGCCACCCUUGUCGUGAGACGAGCAAAAAUUUCCCCGGGCGUCUUGUUGGCUCACGCAAACACGUUGGCUCAAAGCACCGUAAAAAUGCCUUUAACAAGAGUGGAAAUAAAAUCAUUUACACUGCCGGCGGGUAUAUUGAAUACGACCAUAGACAAUCUCACCCUCGCACAAAUCCCAAAGCGCGUUAUCUUAGGGCUCGUGGACAAUCGCGGGUUCAACGGAAAUCGAGCUUUCAACCCGUUUAAUUUCCAACAUUUCGACUUGAAUUAUUUAACUCUGUAUGUCGACGGUGUUCAGGUUCCUAGCAAAGCUUUACAACCGCGCUUUGGUAAUUCACCCCUAUACAUAGAGGCUUUUCAGUCAUUAUUCACGGGCACGGGUAUACAUUAUCAGAACGAGGGGAACGGUAUCAAUCGAACAACAUAUCCGGCAGGUCAUUUUUUGACGGCGUUUGACUUGACGGCUGACUUUUCGGCUAAUCUCUGCACUCACUGGAAUUUAGUGCGCACAGGGUCGCUGCGUUUGGAAUUGGGCUUUGAAAAUGCUCUUGUUGCAACUGUGAACUGUAUAGUAUUUCUCGAAUACGACAACAUCAUCGAGAUCGAUAGCAAUCGCUCAAUAGUGACAGACUUCUCGACUUGA